UUCCGGGUCAGGGGACCUGGGAAGGAGGCAAAGACAGCAAAGUGCGCGUCUCUUGUGGGCGCGCUCCGGACUCGGGCCGGAGGCGCAUGCGCGGGUCUUUACGUAGGCUUGCGCCUUGGCGCUGCUGGGGACCCCCUCCAGACACGCGCGGAGUCAGAAGGGUGCGCGCGGCUUAGGCGGCGCGGUGGGAGGUGCGCCAUGCCGGGGAUGGUGCUGUUCGGCCGGCGCUGGUCUCUAGCCAGCGACGACUUGGUGUUCCCCGGGUCUUUUGAGCUGUUCCUGCGUGUGCUGUGGUGGAUUGUCAGUCUGACGUUGUAUCUCACGCACAGAAGGAGGCUGGACUGUCCCGGUGGAGUCUUGCUCAGCACGUACCUGAUAGUCCUCCUUGUUCUCCUGGCAGUUAUUAUAUGCACCGUGUUGGCCAUCGUGUGUGUCAGCAUGAGAGGAACCAUUUGUAACCCUGGACCUCGGAAGUCUAUGUCUAAGCUGCUCUAUAUCCGCCUGGCGCUCUUCCUGCCAGAGAUGGUCUGGGCUUCUCUGGGGGCCGCCUGGGUGGCAAAAGGUAUCCAGUGUGACAGGACAGUUGUCAUUGGCAUCAUCGCCACCGUCAUUGUCAGGCCCUGGAGAGCAAACUCAGAUCCUGAGACUUGGCUGGCAGCACCUCUUCCUCCUGAGCCGGCUCACUGACCCUCCUGGGGAACGUUCUAGAAGAAUAUUGCUUGCCUCGGUUGGGUUUUCAGAACUCUGCCUCUCCUUCAGCAGCACAGAAACAGCUUAGUUGGUGCGUGUGGCGUGGGCUCAGGCCACCGCCCUCCACAGUCACCCAGCCUGUCCCGUGCCUUACUCCUUACAGCUGGAUUGUCAUUGCUGCCACCAUGGUCACCAUCAUCUUUGUCUUUGACCCGCUGGGCGGGAAGAUGGCUCCGUAUCCCCCAUGCAUCCCGGAGCACCUGGACAGUAACAGCUCAAACCGGUUACUGACUGGCCUGAAGACGGCUGCGAAGAGCGUGUGGGAGACCCGGGUGCAGUUCUGCUGCUGCUGCGUUGGGCAGGAUGAUAACACCAGGGUGGCGUUUUCCAGCACUGCCGACCUGUUCUCCACCUACUUCUCUGACACAGACCUGGUGCCUAGUGAUAUCGCAGCAGGCUUCACCCUUCUCCACCAGCAACAAGACAAUAUCAGCCACAGCCGGGAGCCUCCGGAGGUCGUGACCCACACACCAGGACAGCCUCAGGAAACUGAGUUAGAUGCAGAAGUGGAGAACUGCCAUCAUUACAUGCCGUUUGCAGCAGCUGCCUAUGGGUGGCCGCUCUACAUCUACAGGAACCCGUUCACGGGGCUGUGCAGGAUUGGUGGCGACUGUUGCAGAGCCAGAGACAUAGAGUACGAUGCAGUGGAAGGUGACCAGCACAACUGCCACUUCGCCUCCAUCCUGAAGACCACAGGGCUGCAGUACAGGGAUUUCAUUCACAUAAGCUUUCACGACAAGGUGUAUGAGCUGCCCUUCAUAGUGGUUCUGGACCACAGGAAGGAGUCUGUUGUGGUCGCCGUGAGAGGGACCAUGUCUCUCCAGGACGUCCUGACCGACCUGUCUGCCGAGAGUGAGACCCUGGAGCUGGGGAUUGAGCUACAGGACUGUGUGGCCCACAAGGGAAUUGCUCAAGCGGCCAGAUACAUUCACCGCAGACUGGUCAAUGAUGGGAUUCUGAGCCAAGCCUUCAGUGUCGCUCCGGAGUACCAGCUCGUUCUGGUGGGGCACAGCCUAGGAGCCGGCGCUGCGGCCCUGUUAGCCAUCAUGCUCCGGGGGGCCUACCCACAAGUCCGUGCUUAUGCCUUCUCCCCGCCCAGGGGGCUGCUCAGCAAAUCCCUUUACGAGUACUCCAAGGACUUUGUCGUGUCGCUUAUCCUAGGGAUGGAUGUGAUCCCCAGGUUAAGUGUGACCAACAUGGAGGACCUCAAGAGGAGGAUCCUGAGAGUGAUCGCUAACUGCAAUAAGCCGAAGUACAAGAUCUUGCUGCAUGGCUGUUGGUACGGACUGUUCGGAGGAAGCCCUGAUAACUUUCCAACUGAACUGGAUGAGGGCACCCAGGGGGCCCUGACUCAGCCUCUUCUUGGAGAGCAGACACUUCUAACCCGAUACUCCCCGGGCUACUGUUCCAGCGACUCCCCACUGGACUCCCCCACCAAGUACCCCACUCUGUACCCACCUGGCAGGAUCAUCCACCUGGAAGAGGAGGGUGGUUCAGGGAGGUUUGGCUGCUGUUCUGCUGCCCAGUACAGAGCGAGGUGGGCACACGAAGCAGAAUUCAGUAAGAUCCUGAUAGGCCCAAAGAUGCUGAUUGACCACAUGCCUGACGUCAUGAUUCGGGCCCUGGACAGAGUGCUUGCCGACAGGACAGCCUGCGUCUCCUGCCCAGGGCAAGGCGGCUCAAGUGUACCGUAGUCAGCUCUACUGGACCCUGACCGGUACAACGGACUGGCAGUUUCAGGAGGUUUUUUUGUUGUUGCUUUUGUUUUUUUCUUAAGACUGAUUGACUGUGCGUGGCUUCUGUGAGGCUGGUAUGGUGGUAUCUGUCUAUCAACAGUUACCUGAGGGGUCCCUGCAGAAAUGGACACCAAAAUGACCAUACAAUUUAUACAACCUUUUCUUUCUUUCUUUCUUUUUUUUUUUUUUUUUGCUUGUUUUGAUUUUUCAAGACCGGGUUCCUCUGUGUGGCGCUGGCUGUCCUGGACUCACCCUGUAGACCAGGCUGGCCUCAAAACUCAGAUUUGCCUGCCUCUGCCUCUGAGUGUUGGGACUAACGGCAUGGGCCACCACUGCCUGGCCUAUGGAACCACUUUUAACCAUAGUAUUAACAGGAUCCGGAGUUGGGAACACGCAUAGGUGUUGGGACUUGUAGGCCAGCCCAUGGCAUAAGCCACCUAAGAAGUCUACAUCUGAAGACCCUUAGUGGGUCUGCAAGGCCCCUGCUCCUGAUGGGCUCCCAUCCUGCUGUUUACACGAGUCUGAACUUUAAGACAACAGAUGAGCACUUUAUACUUGCCUGCGUCUUUCCGGGGUCACUAGGACAGCCUGAGUGUCCUCUGAGCUGGCACUGCAGCCCCUCCCUCAUGGAUACAUGAGCUAGCUGAUCACUAACUCUUAUGUAUGCUUAAUUCUCACAUUAUCAGACCUCUGAGCCAGGUGGUAGGCUCAGGGGAAUUUAAAUAAAUAAAUAAAGUAGUUGGUAUACCAUCAAAAGCCUGCAAGGAAGGUGUGGGAUUCCUGAGAGCCAGGAACUUGCUGAGUUCCAGUGUGCCAUUUCCCCGUGUCAGUCAGGACACUGGGAUUACAAGCAUGGACUACUGUACCCAGGGGUGAUGAGGUUUCACCUUUCCAUUCUAAAUCAAGUUGCCUUGUCUCUCUGGUUACUAAGAACUACAUACAUUACGGAAUCCAACAAGCACAGAACACAA